GAUCGGUGAGGAGUAGACCACUGUCUGGGCGCCUGGCAAUACAACCGAGUGAUUCAUUCCAAAGUUGAGAGAUGGCUUCGCUUAGUUUGCGUUUUCAUUAAAUUAAAAAUGUCUGUAACUUACGUAAACGUCAACUUCUUUAGUUUAGGAUAGUAUACCUCUUUAUGGUAUAUGACAUUCCAACAAUGAAGUUGAUUAGUAAGGAUAUAGAAAAAGAUAAUGCCGGUCAGGUGACUCUGAUACCUGAGGAGGCAGAGGAUAUGUGGCACACCUACAACCUGCUGCAGGUGGGGGACAGCCUGAGAGCCUCAACCAUCAGAAAGGUGCAGACAGAAUCAACCACGGGAAGCGUGGGCAGCUCGAGAGUUCGGACCACUCUGACAUUAUCUGUGGAGGCCAUCGACUUUGACUCCCAAGCUUGCCAGCUGAGAGUAAAAGGCACCAACAUUGAGGAGAACCAGUAUGUUAAGAUGGGGGCUUACCACACGAUUGAGCUUGAGCUCAACAGGAAGUUCACUCUCGCCAAAAAGUGCUGGGACAGCGUUGUGCUGGACAGAAUCGAGCAGGCGUGUGAUCCAGCCCAGAAGGCAGAUGUGGCAGCUGUGGUAAUGCAGGAAGGGCUGGCCAACCUGGUGCUGGUGACCCCCGCCAUGACUCUGCUUCGAGCUAAAGUGGAGGUCACCAUUCCUCGGAAGAGAAAAGGAAGCUGCACUCAGCACGAAAAGGCGCUGGAUCGGUUCUAUGAGGCGGUGAUGCAGGCAAUUCUUCGCCACAUUAAUUUUGAUGUGGUGAAGUGCUUCCUAGUGGCCAGUCCAGGGUUUGUGAAGGACCAGUUUUACACCUACCUCUUUAAGGAGGCGGUGCGACAGGACAACAAGGUCCUGCUGGAAAAUCGGCCCAAGUUCAUGCUGGUCCACUCGUCUUCGGGUCAUAAAUAUUCCCUUAAAGAAAUCCUUUGUGACCCCGCUGUGACGAGCAGACUUUCUGACACAAAGGCAGCGGGAGAGGUGAAAGCCCUGGAAGACUUCUACAAGAUGCUUCAGCACGAACCAGACCGAGCCUUUUACGGAAUUGCUCACGUAGAGAAAGCAGCUGAUGCCCUCGCCAUCGACACCCUUCUCAUCAGUGAUAAGUUGUUCAGACAUCAGGAUGUCCCCACAAGGAGUCGUUAUGUUCGGUUGGUGGACAACGUGAGAGACAACGGUGGAACUGUCAGAAUAUUCUCAAGCCUUCAUGUAUCCGGUGAACAGCUGACUCAGCUGAGCGGAGUUGCCGCCAUCCUGCGUUUCCCCAUCGCUGACCUAUCGGAGCCGGAGGACGACAGCAGCUCAGCUGAAGACUGAUCCAGCACCAGCAGACCAGAGUUUUAUUUAAAGUGAGAAGAAAAGAUGACUCCUUAUUUCAGAUAACGCAGGGAUUCUGCGUUGAACAUUAAAGCUGCUGUGGUCGAGGUAUCCUGCAUCUCCAACAUCAGCAUCUUUACCUUCUUGAAGUGGCCAAACUUUCACAUAAUUGGAUGUAUGAGUGCUUUGAUGCUUUUUGCCUGAAGGUGUCUUCCAGAGGGUUGAAGCUAAGUUGCAAUAUUCAGAUAAAAAUAAAUCAACUUUGUAGCAGCAGACCUAAACCUCCUUAAUCCAGUUGUAUACACAACUUACUUUUCUUGCUAAUAAACAUCAGAGGUAUAUGUCA